CAUAAAGUUUGAUGUCCUGCCCAAACUUUAGACCAGACUGGAGCUAAACUUUUUUUCUAGAAAGUGAGUUGCGGAGAUUUGCUCCGCAGACUAUGACUCUCCCCUGGAACAAUAUUCGCCUACGGUUCGACUUGGCUGAAACGCACUAAAACAGUGUUUUCUCCAGCCGGGUCGUUUUGUUGAUCGUCUUUUUCGGCCGCGUCUGCGUUUUCUUUCUGUUUUUUUUUUUUUUUUUUUUUUUUUUUUGGAAAAGUUGGGGCCCGGACGACAACACAGAUUCCAGUGUGGAGCAGAAAUGCGCUUUGUUACACGCACAGCUAUGCCAGCGACAAACAACAGGAAAACAACGCGCUUCGCUGCAGACUUCGACAGCUAACGCACUUCGGAACCGAUCGACCCGCUCGACUUUCAAACUUUAGAAUGAACAACUUUUACUGAGUGUCGUCGAGAUUUCCAGAAUCCCCGUUGCGCAAAAAGAAGUGCGGGGUUUGUUUUCUCAAGCUGAUUUUUGUAUUUUCGGACAUAAAGUUUGCAGAGUGUUUGGGACAAUGGAUCCGAACCAGCACAACCCUCCUGCCGGACACCAGAUCGUCCACGUACGGGGCGACUCCGAGACCGACCUGGAGGCGCUGUUUAACGCCGUGAUGAACCCGAAGAACACCACCGUGCCCCAGUCGGUACCGAUGCGCUUGAGGAACCUGCCAGACUCCUUCUUCAAACCUCCCGAACCAAAGUCCCAUUCCAGACAAGCCAGCACGGAUGCUGGAAGCGGCGUGGCACUCACUCCCCACCAUGUGCGAGCACACUCCUCCCCAGCCUCCCUGCAGCAGGGCGCUCUCUCUGGUGGCUCACUGCCUGGCAUGGCCCCAGCAGGUGCCUCCUCUCAACACCCCCGCCAGUCCUCCUAUGAGAUCCCUGAUGAUGUGCCUCUGCCUUCGGGAUGGGAGAUGGCCAAGACGGCCAAUGGCCAGAGAUACUUCCUCAACCACCUCGAGCAGACAACCACCUGGCAGGACCCGCGCAAAGCUCUGCUCCAGAUAAACCAGCCGGCGCCGACCAGCUCGGUGCCCGUGCCGCAGCAGAACCUCAUGAACCCAUCCACCGGUUCUCUCCCCGAGGGUUGGGAACAAGCCAUUACGGCCGAGGGAGAAAUUUACUACAUUAACCACAAGAACAAGACCACAUCCUGGCUGGACCCACGGCUUGACCCACGCUACGGCCUGAACCAGCAGAGGAUGACCCAGAGUGCUCCGGUGAAGCAGGGCGGCCCGCUCCCUGCCGGCACCCACAGCGGCAUCAUGGGAAACAACAACCAGAUGAGACUGCAGCAGAUGGAGAAGGAGAGGCUGCGGCUGAAGCAGCAGGAGAUGCUCCGGCAGAGGCCUCAGGAGCUCGCUCUGAGGAACCAGCUGCCCACCAGCAUGGACCAGGAUGUCAGCACGAACCCCGUGUCCUCUCCCAUGGCCCAAGACGCCCGGACCAUGACCGCCAACAGCUCCGACCCAUUCCUCAACAGCGGGACCUACCACUCCAGAGACGAGAGCACAGACAGCGGCCUCAGUAUGAGCAGCUACAGCGUCCCUCGCACUCCAGAUGACUUCCUCAACAGCGUGGAUGAGAUGGACACAGGGGACCCACUCCCACCCUCCAUGGCAACGCAGCCAAGCCGUUUCCCCGACUACCUGGACGCCAUCCCGGGCACAGACGUGGACCUGGGCACCCUGGAGAGCGAGAGCAUGGCGGUGGAGGGGGAGGAGCUGAUGCCCAGCCUGCAGGAGGCCCUGAGCUCCGACAUCCUCAACGACAUGGAGACUGUGCUGGCAGCUACCAAGAUCGACAAGGAGAGCUUCCUCACAUGGUUAUAGAAAGGAGGCGUUGGCUCCUCCCCACACUCUGAACUGCUGCCUGCUCCAACCGUGAAGGAUUCAUAGAUGAUUUCACAAGACAUUUCAGCGAGCCUCCCUGGACUUCUGUCUGUCUCGGCGUUUAAGGCCAACCUCUCCUGAGACGGUAUUGUUCCCUUCUUUGUUUUAUUUUUCCUCCCUGGUGUGUUAUCUCUUUAUUUUGUCUGUGUCUUCAAGGCUGGCCCAUGAACAGACAUUUACGCAAAGGGUCCCCGAACCUUUCACAGGCCUGUCGGUGAAUCUAGGUCAUCCCUACCUAGUGCAGGGGGUCGCGCCUUCCCCCGGUCCCCCUCAGUUGUCGCCUUGAGUCCCCGCCGCCGCUUUUUCCUGCAACAUCGCACGAAGCAGCUCUAAUUAACCGCGCUUUGGGACAGCUGCAUCUAGCUCACGUAGCUCUAUACUUAGCUGGUCACGUUCUGUAAUGUUUGUUUGCUUCCUUUCAGCCUGAGAAACCAAAAAUGAUGUAUUUGAAGCAUUAGGAACGAUACGGAUUUGGAGUAAAGGUGACGUGAGGCCCAGCUGGGACACGUUGGCUUUGUUGCUGGGUGGGUGGGUGGGUGGAUGGGUGGGCGGCUGGGGACUGACUACGUCGCUGCUUGGCUGUGCCAGCAAGUAAGUUAAACCUUCAAGAUCAAGUGCCUUCAGUUUUAUUCUUUGAGACGCGAGUACAACGAACAAUGACGACUAGGUUUUUGUAAUGCAGCAAUAAGCAUUGGGCUGCAUUCAGAAACAUCAGCUACACUUUCCUCUAAUGAUCAAUAAUCAAGUGUAUUAUUUUUUAAACAUAAGGGGAUUUAGGGAUUUCUGUUUUAGCUUCUUUGUAUUUCAGUCUUAUUCAAACCUAAUUCAUAAUUCAUCAUUUUAUCCUUCCUAGUAUUAUUUUUAGGUUUCUACAUAUGUAGACGAUCAAGUAUAGUAUAGAUCAAAUGGCAUUUUGCUUUUGUUUUUCAAUUUCUUUCAUAGAUGAAUUAAUACAUCUUAACUGUGUCGACUGUUCUGCAUCGACCGAACUCUGCCGCCACCGAUCGAUUCACGUUUUGGCUUUUGUUCGUUUGUUUUAACCACCUAGCCGAUUCUUCUCGUGUCUGUUUAUUAUAUACAUAUUUUUGUGAUUUGUUUAUUUGUUGAUCACAUCAGCAGCUUUUGCUCGUUUCUUUCCCGAACAUUAACCAAAAAAGGUCGCGUCUCUCGGCUGAUGAGAAGCUGUAGCCCUUGCAUGGGUUAAACAUUGCGACAGCGUACAGUAAAUAAGUUCCAGUCUUCCUACAGAGGCAGCGCAGAGCCCUCUGUUGACGCUGCGCCUUGUGUUUUGGGGCACACACCACAGCUUGGACGGGCUCGAGUUUAGAGGUCACGACGAGGGGCAGUGUGGACGUCCAGGGUUCGACGGAUGCUGGCGAGUGGAGCGGAUCGAUGCUCUUGAUGACAUAAUUAAAGGAAAAACAAUCAGUUAUCUCAGUCAGGACUUAUUGGGGCAGAUUCCAAAGAUGUUUUGUAAUGACACUAAUGCUUUAGCUCACGUUUUCACAGAGUCCAGAAGUGGUUUGAUGUGCAAGUCAUCCUCCGUAGGAACAUGUAUGUAUAAGCUAAUGAGAACACGAUGUAGGUGUGUAAAGUGUUAGUGGACACUGAUUAGGUCCAGCCAAGAGAUUCUUUGUUAUUUAGUGAAGACGGUUGUUGAGUGACUAACCCUGAGAUUUGAGGAUGAGGUUUCAGCAGGUUUCAGCGAAGCAAGUUUGUUUUCCUAUAAGUGCUCACUUGUUUACAUUCUCUCAAAGUAAGAAACAGCUACUGCUCAUAAUCACAUUCUGAUGUUUACAGCACCGCUACAUUUUUAAAAUCCUUGCAGUAACCUAUAAAUAAUCAGCCCGACCUCGGUGGCGGCGUCGCAGGAUGCCACACUGAUUCUGUUGCCAACAAAUGCUUCAUUGGUAGCAAGAGCUUGAUGGAACAAUUUUUUAGAUCAGCACAAGAUCAUUUUUAUUCUGUCUGAAGAGAAUUUUUUUUUAGUUGUGAUUUUAUUGAUUAUCACAUUGUGUGUUGAAGAUGGAUAAACAGUGUUGGUGAGGACAAUGCAACUAAAAUGAUUGGUACACUACAGUGCUUGUAUUGCACAGCUACAGAGUUUUAAUUUUGAUGCAAAAAUGCAUUUUGUCACACGAACCUGAUUUUAUGCUUACUAGUGUGUAUUUGUCAGAGCAUAUUAGCGGUUGACUGUUAUUGUAGCAGUAGGAACUAAUCAAGUUAAAGGAUUUCAUAUUUAGAGUUUUCUAAAUGCACAUUAAAUGAAUUUAUAUUCAGUAAUGAUCUGUUCAUUUUUGAUAGAUAUGUGCAUGUGUCUUAGAACAAUAAAUUCUGUUACAUUGUAUCUUUCUUUGUGAAAUAAACUAUAUGCUUUGUGGUAA